GAAUUCACGGACUGGAGUGUUGUGAACGACGGUAAAUGAACGGAAUGGAAUCGGGCCCAAAACAGCGUGUGAACGGCAGUAUGUUGUCACAUCUCCAGGGACAUUCUGUCUGUUUGCUUGGUCUUGCAAAAAAUGUGGAUACAAACGGCAUGUCUUUCACAUUAACAACCAGCGACAACAUGGAUGUUCAGGUCACUAUGCGUGAACCGCUAAACGAAUAUGUGUCUGGACUGACAGAAGUUCAUGGUGAAGUGGUCUCACCUAAAGGUGUCAUGUGCAGCAACUACGUGGUGUUUGCGGAGGAUGCAUCAGCGCAGUUCAAUAUGGACUUGUAUAACACAGCUGUUGAGACCAUAUCCAAACUACCCAGCCACUACAUGGUGACAGCAGCCAAAUCUGGCUGAGCCCAUACUAGUUACCUCCCCUUGCACAAAAGACAUUACAUGUUUGUUUAUCUUGAGGCCAUGUGAUGUGUCCAUAUGGUUUGAUGUGAAUAGUGUGUGGAUUUAUACUGCAAUGACAGUCAAAUCAAUGGACUAUCCUGAGCUUGCAGGGCACAGAGCACGGCUCAUAAUCCAUUGUCAAGAAGGUACAAACAUUUAUCAGUCUCCUGGCAUGAGUUCUGUCAGUGGUCGUAGACGUACCUGUGUUUUGGAAAUGUGCGAUAAAAUAUGAGCGAAAGAUGUUGAUUCAAAAGUCUGGUUAAAUAUGCGAUUCCUCACCAGUGAAAACAUGGAAUUACACUUGGACUGUUCCUACGAAACAUUUUGCUAGGCCAUGCUAGGGAAUGCAAAACUGAAUAUUUCCCUAGCUGAGUGGUGGAUAUAACAUUUAGUGAGUAAACAGUACCAUUCAUGAAAACCUGAAUAUGCAUGUACUGUAAAUUUUCAGCAUUUAUACAUUUAGCCAGAAUUUGAGAUCAGUCUGUAUCAUUUCCAAUUUUCUUCUGUUUUUUCUCCCAUGUUAAUUUUGUCAGAAUAAGGUGUCUCUUGGCAAAACCUAUUGCUUUGAGUCAUAUUUAAGAGGAUGUCUUUUGUCAUUGAGGAAUGUCUCUAAAUACUAACUGCUGGUACUAGAGAUGCUGAAUGUGUUUUAACUGUUGGAAAUGUAAGUGCCAGUGUCUUGGAAAUGGCCAGAAAUGUGAUAGAAGAGAUCCAAACAAGCUGCUUUUUUGAGGCAUUUUGUUUGACCGGUGCAUUUUGUUUGAGUAGUGCAGAUUUCUCUUUUCUCCUCUUAUGGAGAAAGUGCUAAAAAAAACGUCAAGAUUUCUUAUCUAUAUUUUUCAUGUUCACUUGGACAGCUCAACCAAGACCUAGUUUGAUCUGCUAGCCUUGCAUGCAAGCUGUUUUCAAUCCUUUUUCCCUGAGGUUUGGUAUUACCAAACAGGUGCCCUGCCACCUUCAACAGUCACACAGUGUUAUGAGUCAGAAGCAGAUGCCUUUAAAAUUUGAUAACUUGACUAUUGCAGAAUGUGCAACUGAGUAUUUGCCUUGCUGAGUGAUAGAUAUAACAUUUAGUGAGAAAAUAGGACUAUUCACACAAACCUGAAUAUGCAUGUACUGUAAAUCUUCCAACAUUUUCCAAAUGUAAAGAACUUUUUUCAGUGCAAACGAGUGUUAUGAAAAUGACACUAAACAUGAUUUGUUCGUGUCAUUGAAGAUGCAAACUUCAUAAAACUGUUUUAAAACUGUUUUUCUACACACCACAGCUUUCUCACAGUGUUUGGUCACAGUGGUUGAAAAGGUCCAAGAAUUAGAGUGUGUGUGAAUUCAUGAUGAUAAACUAUCUGUGCUGAUAACUAUGUAUGUAUACAUGAACCUAAUGGUGUUAAUACCAUGUCAUUCGUUUUUUUAUUGUGUUUUUGAUACGGUAGUUACAGAGGAAGUCAUCUCGAUCAUUUGUUUUAUGCCCAUUAAAUUCUGCUUUUGUAACAAAUUAUUCUGAAAGUUUUCUUAAAACUCUGAUGUAGGUGAAUCUGGCUAAGCUGUAAGCUGAACCAAUCAGUCCAGGCCUUGGACAGAGAAUAAGUAAGUUUUGAGUUCGAACUCUCUGUCCUCAAUGGUAAAAAAAAAAAAAGUCCUACCGUAUCAUGUGACCUGUCAAAAAUGUUAGGAAAAUAUUGCAGGAUUGCAUUUGCUAUCACAUGGAUGCCUGAAAACAAAAAAAAAAUUGACCAAAAGUUAUUUAAAGUAGACAAACGAUGGAGAAAAUUGAACAGUCAAGCCUUUGUAAACGUGAGUAGUUUCUAAAGGAAAGAGGUGUCAUUUAAGCCAUGUUGGGACAAGUAGUUUCUAAAGGAAAGAGGUGUCAUUUAAGCCGUGUCGGGACAAGUAGUUUCUAAAGGAAAGAGGUGUCAUUUAAGCCAUGUUGGGACAAGUGAUCGCUAAAUUAAUGUCAGCAAAGGUUGCUUAACAUUUUCUACGAGUCACCUUAUACAGGAGGACUUUUUUUACCUUCAAGGACGCUAAAGUGCGAACUCGAAACACCCCUAAUCUUUGCUCGUGGAACUUGGAUAUUCAUAACAAUAAGCAGUUGACAGUUCUCGUAAUGCCCUAAUUUCAAGUGGGAAAGUUUAUCAGUAAGUUGACAAAUGUAGUUGAUGUGAAUAUCCUAGUGCUAGGGUUUCAUUCCUUAAUGAAAUUGACCGGCAUCAGAUAAAUAAAAUUGUCC